GAGUCCGGGAGGACAGCCAGAGGGAGCUGGGAGACUGAAAGCUUCACUUCUGGGCAAGUUGGGAGGACGUCGGCCUCGUGUCUGGCCGGCAGCUGCAGCCUGAGGAGCCAGAUGCAGAAACCGAGGAGGACCGCUCUGUGACUGAAAGGCCUGUGGACGAGAUCAUUCGGCCCCGGCCACAGGGGUCCUCACCUGUCUAUGAAUGUGUGACUGAGGGUGCCAGCUUCAGACUCUCGGAAGACACGCCGAGGAGGCCAUCAGGGAGGCGGAGGUCCUGGUGGACGCGGGAUUCAGGGGACUCCCGGAUGCUUUCCAAGAUGCGCCAUCCCGAGUCCACGCAGGACGAGACAGAGGUGACGCUGAAGACCGAGGUGGAGGCCGGAGCCAGUGGCUACAGUGUCACAGGCGGCGGGGACCAGGGGAUAUUUAUCAAACAAGUGCUGAAGGACUCCUCAGCUGCUAAGCUCUUCAACCUGAGAGAAGGGGACCAGUUGCUCAGCACAACCAUAUUCUUUGACAACAUUAAAUAUGAAGACGCUCUCAAAAUCCUUCAGUACUCGGAGCCCUACAAGGUUCAGUUCAAAAUCAGACGGAAACUUCCUGCCGCAGAAGACGAGGAGUGGGCUGCCGGCGGGGCUGAGCGUGGCCCAAAGGGCAGUGAGAAGCAGGACCAGGAUGUCCCUGAUGGGUGCACAGAGACCCCCACAAAGAUGCUGGAAGGAGAUGGGGACCAGGAGAGACUCAUCUCCAAGGCCAGGGAGGGCAGAGGCAGACGACCCCAGAGGGAGAGGCUCUCCUGGCCCAAGUUCCAAGCUAUAAAGACCAAGCGCAGGCCGGGGCCCCGGAGGUCACACAGCUCCUCGGAGGCCUACGAGCGAGGGGACGUGCCUGACGUGUCCCCCACGAGCACAGACACAGAGGCCCAGCUCCCCGCAGAGGAGCGCGAGCGGAGGGCGGGACCAGGCAGCCAGCGGAAGACAAGGUUCCUGAGCCUGAGGUUCAGGAUGGGCUCAGGGAAGGCCGCGGGUCUAGCAGGCAGGGGGGCCCCAGGGGGAACAGUCCAAGCCGGCGUUCUGGAGGAAGCAGUACCUGGCGAGGAGGGGCAGGGGGCCGCCGCGGUGGCUGCGGACAGCAGGAGAGAAGACAGCAUGGCAGGAGUGAAGGAGGAGGCAGAGCCUCCCACAGAGCCCGGCCUGUUCCUGGAGGGCACCCUGGGGGAGGGGGCAGGCCUGGCACCCAGAAGCCGCAGAAAGACAAAGGAGGCCAACGUCCAGGAGGAGACAGCGCCCCAAAGGACAUCAGGGGUGGGCGCAGCCCCAGGAUGCAGGGAUGAGGGCCCCAGGGAGGGCGGGCAGGGGCUGGAAAUGGGAAUUGCCAGGUUGUCUAUGCAGGAGCCCAGGGACCAAGACAGCCACCAUGGCCGGGAACCCGAAUUCCAGGUUAAAACACCUACACUGAAGGCAGCCAAGCUCACAUUUCCCACAGGAAAAGCGCUGCGGGAAAAUGGAGCGGGGGCUGCUCUCCAGCUGGAAGACAGGAAGGGAGGGUACCAGGGAGAGGACUCAGGGACCAAGGAGGAUGGAGGAGGGGAAGCAGAUGCUCAGGGAAGACCUGCUCCGGUCCAGAAGCCAGACCAGGAGGACAGAGGAACACAGGAACAUGCGAUUGAGAAGAGGGUAGAGGACACCAAGGGACGGGACAGGGACGUGGAAGGCAGGGAAGGAAAGACAAAGAUGCUGAAGUUCAGACUACCCUCAUUUGGCUGGUCACCAGGGAAGGAGGAAAAAGGGGAUGCAGGGAAACAGCUCCAGGAGAUAGAGAAGGAAGGGAACAUGGUCCGAAGUCAGGAAUCAGACAUAUGUCAAGAGGACGGACGAAUCAGCGGUAGAAAAGAAGAAGAAGCAGAACUUCCAGAAAAAAAACUCCCACAGAAAGAGACACUUGAGAGAAAAGAGGCCGACCUGGCCCUGGGUGGCAAGGAGGUGGCCGCCAAGGACAGCAAGUUCAAAAUGCCCAAGUUCAAGAUGCCAUCCUUCGGCGUGUCGGCGCCAGGCAAGUCCAUCGAGGCCGCAGUGGACGUGUCCCUGCCCAAGGCCCAGGCGGACGUGUCCCUGCCGUCCGUGCAGGCCGACGUGAAGACCAGUGGCCUCAGCAUUGAGCUGCCACCCGCCGAGCUGGACGUCAGGGCCGCCGAGGUGGCUGUUAAGCCCCCCGAAGGCCACCUGCCCGAGGUGGAGCUCAAGGAACCGGCGGCGGGCAUCGGACUGAAGGGCCACCUGCCCAAGGUGCACAUGCCCGGCAUCAAGGUGCCCAAGGUGGACCUCAAGGCCCCGCAGGUGGACAUCAAGGGGCCCAAGUUGGAGGUGAAGGGCACCAAGGGCGAGGUGACGGCCCCCGACCUAGAGGUGUCCCUGCCCAGCGUGGAGGUGGACACCCAGGCGCCGGGCGCCAAGCUGGAGGGCGACCUGGCCCUGGGUGACAAGGAGGUGGCCGCCAAGGACAGCAAAUUCAAAAUGCUGAAAUUCAAGCUUCCAUCAUUCAGGAGGUCCCCGAAGAAGGGGGCGAGGCCCCUAGGGGAGCCUGGACACAGCCUGGAGGAAGCAAAACUCGGCGUGACGGUGGACACGGGUCCGACGUGUGUGCCACCCGGGCUUCAUGUUGCACCCACCGAGGUGGGUGUGAACGUGCCUCUGGAGAAGGACGUAGGGGAGGGGGCCGCGAAGACGCCUGGCUGUGCCCAUGUGGGACCCGCACCUCCCAGGAUGCAGGCUUCGGUGAGAGGGGCUGGCCUGCCCCCAGGAAGGGCCACAAGCCGACGGUGGCGCAGGAAUCCCCAGGUCCGGCGGAUCCCUGCGGCGGUGCUCGGCGGUGCUCGGCGGUGCUCGGCUGCAGUGCACGGCGGCGUGGAAGGAAGCGUCCCUGGCUGCUUCGGCUGGCAGGACAUCUCCUCCUCAGGUCCCCCCGCGUGCAGACCCCGAGGGCCUGGCCUGGCGCCACACCUCUCCGGGUCCCCAGAGGGAGGUGCCGUGUUGGAAGAGGACACCUUAGGCCUGGCGUAG